AUGGCCACCACCAACGAUUCUUAUUCUAACCAGUCGUCUUGGGGGGCCCUCGAGUCGCUGCAGGCUUUCCCCAGCCCUCUGGAGAAGCCUGUACCUUACUUCAUCACAGCCUUUUUGUUGUUCGUCUUUUACUUCUCCGUCCAGCAGUCAGAGCAGACACCUCACACUGAUCUGCCUAUCCUAAACCCGCGGCACAAGUGGGAUUUCACCUGGUUGAAGGUCAAAUGGGAUUUCGUUUUCCACGCCCGUCGCCUUGUGGAGGAGAGGACGAAAGCGAGCCCCAAUGAGCCCUACCAGCUUCUCACGGAUACCGGCGACGUGACGAUUCUCCCCGCAGUGCCAUUCGCCAACGAGAUCCGCAACCAUGAAGAUCUCAGCCUCGACCGGAAUUUCCACGCUUAUCUGCCUGGUUUCGAGCCACUGAAGGAAGCCAAUCCGCAAAAAGAGGUUCUCAAACAUGUCAUCCGUACAAGACUGACCCAAUUCCUCUCCAAACUUACAGCUCCCGUUUCCGACGAGACAACACGCUCGCUGAAUGAUACCUUUGGCGAGGAAGAGGACUGGCAGACUGUUGCGAUCAAAGUGAAGAUGCUCGAAGUCGUAGCCCGAGUUUCCACCCGCGUCUUUGGCGGUGAGAAGCUCUGUCGCAACCCCGCCUGGUUGAAGAUCACUUCCGAGUACGCAAGAACAAGCUUUCUGGCCUCCGAAAUCCUUCGGAUCUUCCCCAAGCCGCUCCGCAGCGCCAUCCACUACAUCAGCCCCUUGAGCCGCAACCUCCAAGCCCAGGUGAAGGAGGCCAGGGAAAUCAUCAAUCCCAUUGUAGAGGAGCGCCGCCGGGAGAAGAAGGCGGCACUGGACCGCGGCGAAGAAGAGCCCGAGUACAAUGACUGUAUCGAGUGGUGCGAGGAGUCGUCGGACGACGCCAUCUCUGAUCCUGCGAUGAUGCAGCUUGGGCUUUCCUUCGCCGCUCUUCACAGCACCUCUGACCUGAUCACACAAGUCAUGCUCGACCUCGCCCGGUAUCCCGAUUACUUUGAGCCACUCCGCAAAGAAAUCACCGACGUUAUUCGCACCGAUGGCUGGUCUCGCAUGGGCCUCUACAAAAUGCGCCUCCUGGACUCUUUCUGCAAAGAAACUCAACGUCUCCAUCCCAUUGGUAUUGUUUCCAUGCACCGUGAGGUUACCAAGACUAUGACCCUUUCAAACGGCUUGGAACUUCCGGAGGGCAGCCGUAUUGCUGUCAGCUGCCAGCGGAUGCACGAUCCCUCCGUCUACUUGGACCCCAGCCGCUUCGACGGACACCGUUACCUUCGCAUGCGAGAGUCCCUCGGCGCUGGCAACGACGGGGCCGCCCACUUCGUCAGCACCUCGCCUGAACACCUUGGGUUCGGCCAUGGCCAGCAUGCCUGUCCCGGCCGAUUCUUCGCCGCCAACGAGGUUAAGAUCAUCCUCUGCCAUCUUCUCCUCAAGUACGACUGGCGACUGGCAGCGGAGGUUCAGCCUAAGCCGAUUAACUUUGGCUUCGCGCUUGAGGUUGACCCCAAGGCCAGCAUUGAGAUUCGGCGGAGAACUGGUGACCUGGGCCUCAAGGCAUAG